AUGUCGAGUGUACAAGUAAUAAAAACAACGCAACUUCAGGCAAAACUAGAUCACUUCGGAAAGGGACUGAAGGAUUUGAUCCAGCAAGCAUUGAUCAGAGUUAAAUCCUCAUCGCUCAGCCCUGAAGCAAAAGAUGCGAUCAAUCAGAUGGCCGCAGUGGUGAAGAACAAGGGUCAAACGGUACCUCAAGCUAAGGCCGCAAUGAAGGUCGUGAUGAGCAAGACUCCUAAGCAUGUGACUGCUGAAAUCAACAAAUACAUGCAAGCUCACGAACAGGAAGCACUCGACAAAAUACUCAAACUGCAAAACUGA